GUUUCAGAUUCAGUUUUCGACAGAGAACAUUGACUCACAGAGCAGCUGAAUAUGCCGAAUGCCGAAUAUACUGCCGUCGAAGUGGAUCCUACCACUCCUCCACCAUACAUGGAUCCAGCGAAUAGUAAUUUGAAGAAGCAAAGCAUGAUGAUGCAUAAGAAAUCUUUGGAACACACUGGAAAACGAUGUGAGCACUGUGGUCAAUAUGCACAGCAACCAAUGGUAAUCUGGCCAGCUCCAAGACCACGCGAUCACAUUCGCCCUGACAAUACGAAAUUCAUUGGCUAUGUUUUGCUAAUCGCCGUUGUUAUUUUCUUACUUUUUGCCGCCUGCAAAUAUCUUCCAUAAAUAAUUCCUGUGGCAUACUCUUCCGCUCAUUUUGCUACAAAUGGUGAUUUUCUUCAAAGUAUAAUCCAAAAUCUUUAUCUAGUUCAGGGUAGUUUUCUCGUAAUCGUUACAAGAUCUUGUGUAGUGGACAUUUUUUGCGUUAGAAAGUAUUUUGAUGAACAAACUAUUUCACUUUUAUCUCUGAUAUUGCGUUCCACUGUAAAUACAUACCUC